CAUGCGUACUUUAUUUUUCAGUUGUUACUCGAAAAUGGCGUCAGCCAAGUCUCUAGAGGAAAUGCUAACCACAGAUGUGGACGAAUCUGUCGUGAGCGAAAUCGUUGGGUCCUUAGAGUCGCAGCUGUCUUCAUCGGGGAUUCAUGCAUCGGGUCAGGAACUCAACGCAAGCUCAGCGACCACUAAUCAUGUCAACAGUGCGCCUGCAACUGACGGUAUUCAGCGCUUGCAACAUGAUGGACAAAAACACAGUGUGGCGGCGGCAUUACCGAACUCUGGUGCGAAUAUCGCGGUGGCGAACUUCAGCAAGCCGAUCGCGACAACUUCUCAUAUUGUUGGCGUCAAUAGUUGCGCUUCUUCUUCAGCUACUUCAACGAACACUGUGAUGGUCACCCUGCCUGGCGCUCUCCCGGCCAGCGGCUAUAUCAAUCAAGUGACUGGCACGGCUCAGCAAGCCCUGCUCAACAAUCCGUUGGUGAGACCACUUAAUAACUCUGAUAUAAAGAUUGUGUACUCGCCUCAGGGCCACUUCAACGCGGCAGGUUUGGCAGUCAACAACGCCGUUGUACAACAGCGGGGCAAUGUGAAGAUUCAGGGUGUCCCCAACGGCAGUCCGACUAUUCGUUCUUCUCCGCAUACGCCAGCAACGACUCCCGGUUUAAGUGCAAUCCAUAACUUGGCAAAUGUAGCAUCGCAACAGACGCCUCUCAUAAUCAGCCAGUCCGCCAAACCACGGUUGGUUCUCGACACCAAGGAUCCUAAAGGAGCAUUUAAACCACAGAUAUUAAUAAAACAAGAGCCACAACAGACCACAACUGUUACUCAAGAAUAUCUUCGCUGUUCAUCACCAGCAGGCAGUGUUAUACAGGCGUCCAAGCCUAUUGCCCAACCCGUCAAUGUUGUCACGCAAGUAGUCUCAAGUCCGAGCAUCCUACCUCCUGGGGUGCAGAUAGUCAAUGUAAACCCAGGACGACCAGGUGCCCCCGGGGUCGCAGGUCAGAAGACGCUGGCUCCUAGAGUCGUCAUCGGAAGCCCAGUUCGGCUUGCACCCCAGAUGCUAGCCGCGCGACCAGGAGCACCAUCUGUGCAGAGGUACCGCUACCAUAGACCUCCUGAACCUGAUAACACGAUUACUCUGCAGCCUGGAAUGAUGAGGGGGACAUUACUUGUAAAGACAGAAAAUGGCCAGCUACAAGUAGUUAAUGUGGCACCCAAUUUGCCUCCGAACUCCUCAGCUACAACCAUUUCGGGCACACCAACCUAUCGGUUGCAAUCUGUGCAGAAUCUAGGCAACCAGUCGGUGCACCAGUUAUCUGGCAGGAAGAGCAACACAACCCCAACACAGAUGGUUGGUGCAGUGAUUCCACAAGGACAACAAGGAAUUAAUGUUGUUCCAACAGUAGCCAGCACCUCACCAGUCCCAGUCAUGAGUCAGGCACUUGGCCAACAGACAGUUACUGUCAAGGUGGCCACUACCACAAGUUCGGUAACACAGCCGUUAUCUAUUCAAACGACAGUUGCCAAUAGCCAAUCAACAGCUACAACGCCAUCUCAGAUGUCACCUAACACUGCAAAAAAGAAAUGUAAAAAUUUCCUUUCUACUUUGAUACGCUUGGCCAGUGACCAACCAGAACAGGUUGCCUCUAAUGUGAAAGGGCUGAUUCAAGGCCUGAUUGAUGGAACCAUCCAACCUGAAGAUUUUACAAAUCAGCUUCAGAAGGAACUUAAUUCUUCACCACAGCCAUGCCUUGUACCAUUUUUAAAAAAAAGUCUUCCCUACCUUCGACACUCUCUCAUGACGAAGGAACUGACCAUUGAAGGAGUUCGGCCUCCACCACAGGGUGCAGUAACCUUGCCUAGUACACCGACGAUCAUACCCAACAUUCAGCAAGUGGCAGGUUCCCGGCCAAGUAUGCCUCAUGGUACAACCCAGGUUCGGGUUAUGACCCCUGUGCAAGGGGGACUUGCUGCGCAAUUGGCAGGAUCUGUAGGGAUUCAGGGUGUACUUGCUCAACAUCAGAGACUUGUUACACCUCGCCCUGCGACAACAGUAGUAGCACAGGCAACUAAAAGCUUAUUGGUAGCCAAGACUUCCAGCCUUGCAGCUGCAUUAUCUCCGGCUACAGUAGGGGCUCUUCAAGCGAAAGGAACUCCACUUACCACUGUAACUACUCGGGCCCCAACAGCUCUCAAAGAAAAACGAACCUACUCGUCACUGAGGGACGAUGAUGACAUCAACGAUGUAGCUGCUAUGGGCGGCGUCAAUCUUGUGGAAGAAAGCCAACGCAUCCUGGCAUCCAAUGCAGAAAUCGUUGGCACCCAAAUUCGUUCCUGUAAAGAUGAAAACUUCCUUUUCACAAAUACCCUUCAAAGAAGAAUUACUAGUAUAGCUACGAAACAUGGAAUUGAAGAAAUCCCACAAGAUGCAAUAGCCUUAAUCUCUCAUGCAACGCAAGAGCGGUUAAAAACACUGGUGCAGAAACUUGGGGCCGUUGCUGAACAUCGUUUGGAAAACAUAAAGACUGACUCUCGGUAUGAAGUAACACAGGAUGUGAAAGGGCAACUGAAAUUCCUUGAGGAGCUGGAUAGGCUGGAGAAAAAAAGACAUGAGGAACAAGAAAGGGAAAUUCUUCUGAGGGCUGCAAAGAGUAGGUCAAAAAUGGAGGAUCCAGAACAGCUAAAGCUAAAGCAAAAAGCAAAAGAGAUGCAAAAGGCAGAAAUGGAGGAAAUGCGACAACGAGAAGCCAACAUGACAGCACUUUUGGCGAUAGGUCCAAGAAAAAAGCUGAAAAUAGACAAUGGAAGUGGUGGCGCUGGUCUUGGAGCGGCAUCUGGCCUUGGCAAUUCAUUAUCAAAACUUCCGAUGCGGCCAAGGGUAAAGCGAGUCAACCUGAAAGACAUCUUGUUCCUUAUGGAGCAGGAAAGGGAAAGCAUUCGCAGCACUUUCCUCUACAAGUCCUAUUUGAAGUAGGCGACAAGUGCUUUCUUGAACCCAAUCAUGUGUCCGUCCUGGCCCCUGGUGGCCAGGGUCGCCAUGUGCAGCCCCACCACUUGCCCCAUGGGGCCAUUGAGGGGAGCGCUAAUAGGACGUGCCGUCCCUCCCGGUUUUUAAAGUAAUUAACUGCUUUUUAUGGCCACCAUGACCUGGGGGCAAACGUCCGGUGUUUGCCCUGCCAUGCAUCUGGUUGUUGAUGGGCCGACGUUGUUGCUACGUGCAGGGUCCUUUGCGACGGUCUAUGACCACUGUGAACUCCGACCUCUUUGUGACAUUGCUGUGUGCAGUUGUGGAGCACCAUUUUAAUUUUUAAGUCUUUGUCCUUUCUGCAUCUUCCUACUUAGGUUAUAUGUUUGCUGUGUUUCUGUUAGUUGUUUGCAAGUGCAAGUUUGUAUAUAUGUCUAUACACACUUUUUAUAACUGCCAGGGUUUCUCUUCCCCCACUGGUUUUGUAUACCUGUAGCCUUUGCCUUCUUUGCCCUACAAGUGGUACUGCUAUUUCUGUGAUAAGAACUAGAGACCAUCAAAAAAAGAAAAAUGUUGCAGCACUAAGACUGUGCUGUUACUGGAGAAAACUACGAAAAAGAUGUGUACGAUGUCAGAAGGCCACAUGGGAUCGUUAUAGUUUAUUUCCUGCUUGUUUUCGUUACUGCUCCCUUUUUUGUUGUCCUCUUCAAUUGUCAUCGACUGUCAUCACAUAUUCAGUGCAACAUCGUUCAUUCUGCUAGCACAGCUUUUCAAAGAGACAUUCUUCAGCCCCUGUACUGUGCCCUGGAAGUACAGCUGUUAUCUCCCAUUUUCUGAAAUUCAAGAACUGAAAUGGAUUGAGAUGGGUUUUGCUUGUAAAUACCAUCUUUUGUGCUAUUCAACACAUAACCACACUGUACAUGUAAGUAUGCCACCUACACAAAACAUCUGGUUUCAGUUCGACAGGAAGAAUCAUGUUUACCUUUGAUACAAAAUAGUUACCUUAUAUUUGAUAGUUGCCUGUAAAUUACAAAGGAAAUAAUCUUAUGUAUGCACAUGUUUGAAAGAGAUAUUUAAUAGGAUUUUAUUGUUGAGGACGGCAUGUGGUCAUUCAAAGGAAUUUGUAAUUCUACAGUUUGAAGUACGGUAACACUGCAACUGAAUAUUUUGCACCGAAAUUUUCUUUGCAGUGGAAACGUCAUCUCCAGCUUUAUGAUGUUCUGCCUUCCCCCACCCCACCUCCCCUUUUUUUUAGUUAAAUAAAUUUCAGAGGUCGAAGUACUAAAAGCCACUUUUUUAAGCACCCCACACUGAUGAUAUAGACAGGAUUGUUUUGUAUGUGCAGCAUCAGUUUGUAAAAUGGGAGCUAAGCAUGAACUGUUCCGACUGUUCCUGUUUAGCCGAUUGGUGCUUUAACUAUUGACAUUAAAGUGGGUUUCUAUUUACUU